ACGGCGGGAAAUGUCUUGUCCUGUCCGUGAUCGAGCGAUUGACAUUGACACUUGACACUUGCCGAAACCGUGAAUUGUCACGUCUCGUACAAAUUACGGGAUAAACAGAAAGCGAAUUAUAGUUGCUGAAGUGCAGGGAAAUCAUUUGAACUAUGGAAACCCACAACGCAAGCCAGAAUGAUAAUUCAGCUGCAUCAACAGAAGAUGAAGAAAACUUUCUGUCAAUGUCAGACAUUUAUUAUCUGUUGUUAGCUGAUCUUAGUGAUGUAUCCGAACUUCUUGAUGAUGCAAGAAUCCAUGCAAAUGAAAACGCCCCAAGAAAACCAUGGGCAGCUACUGUCAAAUUUUCUAGAGACAGAAGCCCUAACCAUUGUGACGCACAAACAUCAUACAAGAAAAAUGUCAUGGAAUCUAUAAGGAAAAAGGCAGAACACAUGAAACCUUUAGGUGAGCCUCUAUACUCUGCUCAUGCACCCCUUGAGCUGAGAAGUAAGUUAGCAGAACGAGUGAAAGCGGAUAGAGAAAAUAUCAAGCAAAUGAGCACUCAGCUUACACAGCUUCAAGAGUCAAACAAAGAACUCUUACGAAGAAUGGAAGAACUGAAGAAGAUAAUUGCUGCUCGAACAACAUCCGGAGAGAUGAAAACAAAAUUGAAAUGGCAGGAGGUUGACCGGAAGAUAAAGCUUGAAAGAGCAAAGCAUGUGAAACAAAUUCGUCAUGUUACUGAUGAGAUAUGUCCUGAUUCAGAUAUGCCAAAAAUCCUUUCGGAUGCUCUUAAAAACUCGUUGUCUGGAAAAGAUCCAUAUGUUACUGUAGAUGAUUUCUCUAUAGAAGAUGUUGAGUUCUUACUUAGAUGUAAUGUUCUCACAAGGCAUCCUCAUGAUCGCAAACGUGUGAGACUCAGUGAUUUGCUUUAAUUUGGAACAUUGAAUAAGCAUCUGCUUUAUGACUCAAUGAAUUUUUAAUAUUUUUAUUUAUUUUUAUAACUAUUUUAUAUUACAUAAUAAAAAAGCACUUAUUUUA